AGCGAGCGAGCGAGCAUCCUCGCAUCCUCGCUCAUCAGGGAUGAGGAAGGCGGAGGCAGCUGAUGCCGCCACCACCGCCGCCGCCGCUGCUGUUACCCCUCCAUCUGCCUCCCUCCCUCCCUCCCACACCACACGCGCGUGUUUCCAUCACGCGCGCGCGUUCCUGAAUGAAUGAAUGCAAGACGGAGAUUCGUUCGCCGUCCGUGAAGACGAGGCGACGAGAGGCUCGCCGUGGAGAAGACGCGGAGAGGUGCUCGUGGCUCAAAUGCAACGCCAAGGAGACAGCCACUGAACUCAAACUGCGCGUUGACAAAACUUGUUGCUGUGGCGACAUCACCAGACUUAGGCUCCGACCCGCCCCCCCGCCCCCUUUCCUGCUAUGACGGUCGCUGGCGGCAACGACGGGACGGCCGUGCACGGCAGCACGACGGCGAUCUACAGCCAGACGCACGGCAACUACGCGCAGCGCGCUCAGCUCGGAGAUGGCAACGAGCGCGUGGUCAUCAACGUGGCCGGCAUGAAGUUCGAGACGUGCGCGCGGACACUCGCCCAGUUCCCCGACACCCUGCUGGGCGACCCCGCGCGACGCGCCCAGCACUUCGACCCCCUGCGCAACGAGUACUUCUUCGACCGCAACCGGCCCAGCUUCGACGCCAUCCUCUACUACUACCAGUCGGGCGGGCGGCUGCGCAGGCCCGCCAACAUCCCCUUCGACCUGUUUUCCGAGGAGAUCCGCUUCUUCGAGCUGGGCGAGGAGACGAUCCAGCGCUUCCGCGAGGAUGAGGGCUACAUCCGCGAGGAGGAGAGGCCGCUGCCCGAGUCGGAGCUCAAACGCCAGGUCUGGCUGCUCUUCGAGUACCCUGAGAGCUCGAGUGCGGCCCGCGUAGUUGCGAUCGUCUCUGUUGUCGUGAUCUUGGUCUCGAUUAUCAUCUUCUGUCUGGAAACGCUGCCACAGUUCCGGCAGGACGGUGACGAUGAGUUAGAGACCAAUAGCACUAUGGAAAGUGUACCAAAGGCCAGCUUCGCAGCUGACCCAUUUUUCCUCGUAGAGACGGUAUGCAUCGUGUGGUUUUCCUUUGAGCUCUUAGCACGGUUUUUGGCCAGCCCAAGCAAACCCGCAUUCUUCCGUAACAUCAUGAACAGCAUCGACGUGGUGGCCAUCAUGCCGUACUUCAUCACGCUCGGAAUGGAGCUGGCCGAGCAGCAGGGCAACGGUCAGCAGACCAUGUCGCUCGCCAUCCUGCGCGUCAUCCGCCUGGUGCGCGUCUUCCGGAUCUUCAAGCUGUCACGCCAUUCCAAAGGCCUCCAGAUCCUGGGCCAGACCCUCAAGGCGAGCAUGCGCGAGCUGGGGCUGCUCAUCUUCUUCCUCUUCAUCGGCGUCAUCCUCUUCUCGAGCGCCGCCUACUUCGCCGAGGUGGACGAGCCCACGACGUACUUCACGAGCAUCCCGCACGCGUUCUGGUGGGCCGUGGUCACCAUGACGACGGUUGGCUACGGCGACACGGUGCCCGUGACGGUGGGCGGCAAGGUGGUGGGGUCGCUGUGCGCCAUCGCGGGCGUGCUCACCAUCGCGCUGCCCGUGCCCGUCAUCGUGUCCAACUUCAACUACUUCUACCACCGCGAGACCGACGUCGACGACUCGCACUCCAACGUGGCGCAGUCGCCGAAAAACUCCGCAGUUAAUUACCCCUCUAAUGAGUCGCUGAAGAAGAGCGCGCCAAGCACACCGGUUCACACGCCGGGCUCCGUGAGCUGCCACUCCGUGAGCAAAGGCGACAACACGCACACACACACGUACGUGGCCAACAGCUAUGAACAUAAGUGCCAGCCCACCGACGUGUGAACGACCAUGUUGUUAGCGCGAAUUUAAGGUUGCUAGUUUUGAGUUAAUUUAAUGCUGCAACUUGUCAGUCGUGUAUCAUUAUGUUCAACAGGACUCUUAACGUCCCCGUUGGUCCCUUAUUCAUUUCGAUGCCACAUUUACGCUGUCUGCAACAAGAUGGCCGCCUUUCCACAAUCGCUUUAACCGUGACGUUGAAAACAGGCCGCGGCCGUUAUUGUGCACAAGCUUGUGGAAGAUACUUCAUCUGCGAUCACAUGAUUUCAACGGAGGGAGCUGUGUAUACGGACAGACGUUCCUUGGGAACGUUUGUAAACACUCCAUUGUGUGCAAGUGCGCCAGCCCGCAGUCAUCAGUGCUUUUUUACUUGAGAAUAUGAAAGAUAAGUCAAGGCCUCAUUUGCGCUUUUAAUAACUCGAAUACAAAAACUAUUCCAUGAUCUUUAAAAACUUGAAAGUUUUCAUUCUCAUCCCAUUACCAGCAAACUUCAUGGUUUUCGCAUGCUAGAUCCUGCUUCUUUGGUAGAAUCUCAACAGUGCUUAAUUUUUUUUGCUCGCAAAUUAAUUUACACUUGCCGAUGUAUGAGUAUCACCGGUUACAAUUUCUUGCAGUUUACAGAGGAGCUUUUACCACCCCGGUCCUUCAAUCAUUUCCGUGCAGUACAUGUGACCAUAAACAACUUAAUUUGCGAAUUAAGUCGUUAACCACGAAAGAGACUGAUCGUGGGACUGCAGCUUUCAAAGCCCUGGUGAAGUGCCGUCACGUAACAUCACACACGCACUCAGAAUAUCUACAAAUCGCGAUUGUCAUGUUUCGGUUGGUUGUUCUGCUCAUGGCUCGUGGGUGUCUGUUGAUAUGUUUUCACCUCGUUCAGAUUAACUCCAUGCAUCGACUGCAGCGGGGCAGUGUGUGGGUAACCUCUCUUCUUUCACAGCAUGGGAGGCCAGUGGUUAAAUGGCGCUCUCUCAACAGAGGGCGACCGCUGCCUGCGGUAGUGUGAAUGUAGCCCUUUACGUUUGACACGGAUUGCGUGCUUCAACGUUUAGUCGUCAGGACCGAAGCACGCACGUGGUGCUCCUGACAAAAAGGGUAGUGGGGCUUGUCAUGAGUUUAUGGCUCUGCCACCUCUGGCCCGACAGAUGGCACACUGACAACGACGUGACGAUGAUGAUGACCGUGUAGACACAAGAUAACACGUAUUUUCCCUCCCUGCUCUUCCACCUCGCCUGGAUUACUGACCCCUCCCCCCCACCCUCAUCCCCCUCCCCCACCACCUUUAAAAAAGGUCAACCAUAAAGGUCAUACAAGGGAGCAUGCACAUUGGUUCCAAAAUUACAAUAUACAUACAGCUCGCACAUGACAACGCUGUCUUAUACACACACACACUGCAUGGAUAGCCCUCUGUGAACCCGCUCCUUGAUCAUGACCCCUCCUCACUGUGCAGGUCAACACGGUGGUCACUGCGGGUUGGUCACGGUGGUGAGCACGGUGUGUGGGAGCAUAGAAGUCUAAACACAACAAUAGAUUUUUUCCCCCUGUACAACCCUCUGCAGCACUGUGCACUGUAUCAAUGUAAUUCACUACUGGUCACACAAGUGAGCCGCAAUCCCGCACAACACAAAUUAUGGGGCCAAGAAACGUGUAAAAAAAAGUACAGCCCCUAUGCCCUUGAAUGUCUCGCAGCUUGAGUGCCAUUGGUUUGUGAUUCGACAGCUUGCUGAUGGUUCUCGGUUAAACGAGCAGCCCGACGUGGCUGCCAAUUUGAAACCCACGUAUUACGUGGAAGGUCACAUUUCUUAAUUGCCAUGCAUUGUUUCGAUACUGACAUUAAUACUCACAUUCGUAUAAAUUCACUGACUCGUCAAAAAACAUUUCUCAUUAGUUUAUACACUACAUUUACAUUACGGUAACCAUGCGCAGUACAUUUUUCAAGGUCUUAUUGAACUUGUCAGAGCAAAGUUCCGUUCGUGAGCACCUAUUUAAAAAAAUACAGGCACAGUGCACAAAGGAUAGCUGUGGCCACAAUCAUGCACAUCUAUCCACUGUUUCUGCCCAGGUCCUCAUUUAUAGCCGAGUUGAUCUAGGUGAUGCCCAGGCAAUGCCCAGUAACCGAUUGCCGCUGGUGUUGUGCAUUAUUGCCAAUAGCCAGGCCUGGGUAGCUGGAGUCGUGUGCAGUGCUUGAACCACGAGACGUCCACUCUCUGUAUGUAUAUAGGACACGCACAAGGACAUUUGUACUCGUAUACACAGGGUACACAGAAACAUUCACGUUUUCUACAGUAUGUAGAAUAUUUAUUGUGAACCGGUUCAUAGUAGCAAUCACACUGUAAUCAGUUGAUUGGCCAAUUGGGUAGACUCGAUUAUCAGAAAUAGCCUUCCUCUUUGCUGACUGCACAGGUCCCAACAUUAAAUUAUCCGUUAUUUGCUCUGCGCCGAUCAUUAACUCUGGGAAUCCCUUUCAAGGCAUUACAUAUCUAACGUCAUACGACUAACCACGCUUAUAACAAUGUACCUUGCAGACGUGUUACUUGAGCAAGUAAAGAAACAAAUACGCACAUUGGUAAAGUUUUGCGUGAAAAUUUUUUUUUAUUUUUUUUUUACAAAAAAGCACAAGUCCACCUUUGAAGUCGGGUGCGAAGGCCGCUAAAAAGUAACAUUCCUGCUUUCGCGUACGAAUGUAAAUAAUGGUGAAACUCGGUGUUCCACGCAGUUCCUUGGGCCACAGCCGUGACCAGACACUUGGUUGAGAAUUGAAACAAUUUAGAAUCCCAAAAAUGUUUAGCACAAUCGGCGAGCAACAAUUGCUCACGAAAUUACACCGGGAUAAUAUUAUCUUACGUAAGUUUCCCUUGCCUUUAGUGUGUGCAUGUGCACGUCCCAGCCUCAUGUAAAGCGGAAGGGUAGUGAAUGCCCUCAGACUUGAUCAUUUAAAACAAUUGCCCAGUAGAUGCCCAUUGCAUGGUUCCCAGAUCCCGUUGGGUGGCGCAGUGGUAGAGUGUGUGGCUUGCCAUCUAGAACGUUGUGGGUUCAAAUCCCGAUCAGGGAUUGAUAGGGUAAUCAUCCCUCUGGGGUGUUUAUAAAAUGAAUACCAAUUUGUGGGCAAUCAACGGUGGUUGACCUGUGGAUACAUUUGGCCCCCCAUCGCAGGAUUGUGGAAUUUCCACCGCCACUGGCUCAGGGCUACGAAUGGAGCACGAACACUUGCUAAAUUGAGCAGGAAACCACCACAUGGCCCAAACAUCUCAACUGAAAUGUGAACCAGAGGACCCAUCCGUGUAUGUAGUAAUUUUGCCUUUGCCCUUGAUUUAGAGUUCUUUGCCGUGAGUGUGGGCAACGUUGAUGAAUUCUACAGCACUUAACCAUGGUCAACGUUUGGCCAAGCGCCACAGAGGUACUGAUUUCCACCAGCAAGAGAGGUACGCCAUUAAUGAAAAAUGAGAAUGUGUUUUACCCUUUCUGGCAAUCAAAACAGGUGUUAAGAUGUUCAAACACCAAAUAUAAACUUCAUUUGAAGCUUUCGUGACUGCAGGAAUCCAUACUCGACCUACGUGACUUUACCGAAAGAACCAAAGAGUACCAAAUAGAUACAUUUUGCAAGGAAUCACGUCGGAAUUAACCACACGUACUUGUGGUGAACAUGCAAACAAAAAUGUUCUGAUAAUAUAUGCGUUGUCCUUGGUGAGGUUAGGCCCUAGAGAAGGCUAUCUCUGGUGUCGGCCAACCAGAUUUAAGGACAAGGCAUGUGUUUUCAGAGCAUGUUUGUUGGCAUGUUCACCACAAGUACGUGUGGUUAAUGCAGAUUUACCCAACAAAAACAACCUAUUAUGGAUGAUAUUGGUCGCGAAAGCCUAAGUGUUAAACUGUCUGUUUGGUUUUCGAAAAUCUUUACACCUGUUUUAUUGCCAGAAAGGGUAAAAAUUUGAUACUGGCAAAACAGGCCCCAUGAUACGCCAUUUACGAUCACCAACACGUGACGAGUAUGCAAAUCUUCUUGGUUCUUUCGGUAAAGUCACGUAGAAGGGAAAUAAUAAAAUAAUAAACAUUAAACAUAAUAAAAUAAUUAUCACGACAUUUCGGCCACAACGCAAGCAGCCGUCCUCAGGUGAAGAACAGUUCUGUCGGAAAGACACUCUGAUAAUGUGCACUGUAAAAAGGUGUCAGUUUUGUUGCCAGAUAGAAGGGUAAAGAACCAAUUAUCAUAUUUUUACUGGCAAAUGAGGUUCCCAUAGUGUAGAAGCAACGAACGAUCACACAAACGGAAUUAGCUAAACAUUCCACGAAGGACUCGCCUGAGAAGUGGUGUUGGGAUUCGAUUAUGCUUCCCGAGCAAAUACAAAUGCAUUAAUAUUGUUCACACCAACCCAAAUGUAAUGUUGAGUUUAAGCGAUUUUUACCACUUGCUGGAAUAAUACACAUCUGUGAUAAACAUUGAGAAAAUCUCUGUUGGGGCCAAACGUCUCCAGGGCAAUACUUUACUUGGCAUAUUGAAAAUUUCGACAAAGACGACGAUGAUGAUGAUGACGACGAUGACGAUGAUUAUGACGACGAUGAUGAUAUUAAGUUUCUAAACUGUUUACGCGUAAUGAGAGCAUGCCGCCUCUGCGGUACACCCAGUACCUAUAUUCUGUUGCUGACGCCAAAGUGUAACGUUAAUCUCAGAAUGUAUCGUCUCGUCCAAUUUAAUCGCUUUCAAAGCACGUAAUCGAUAUUAAGGCAGCAAAACAGAGCUUGCUUAGAAAUGCUUGAGAACCGUCGAUUGAUGUUGCUGGAUUGCGCUAACCCAGAUGACCUGCCAAGUGCGGUGGAAGCACUGAUGUACACCUGUAACCAAUCGGUUUGGAGGUGGCAUUGGUGGGUCACUAAGAUUUGAAGCUUUC